AACCACAUCAUCAUAGAGUAAUAAAUUAAGACAUGUAAAUCAAGUGAAACAUACUCGAUAUAAUUUUAGGACAGAGAGUGUGAUUUGUCAAAGAUUUUGGGCGUUGGUUCGGAGAUCACUUCACUGCAACGGAGAUCCAUCUUUCAGAUUGGGUUUUUGGGAUGAUUGGCACUUUUGAUGUAGUCUUUCGAAUGGUUUCGGUUCAAGAAAAUGUGUAUUGGAGUAAUGGAAUGUAGGAAUUGAGUGACAUUGAAAUGUUUUUUAGCUUGGUUUAAUUGGGGGAAAGAGUUUUUGGUUUGUGUAAUUUUGUUGGUGGAAGGAUGGUUGGGAGGAAAAACAUGGGGCGAGCGUCCCCUUUUCUUUUAGUUCUGGUGACGCUUGGAUUUUUCUUUGCGACGUAUAAUUUAAUAACAGUGGUAAUUCACCAUAAAACUGGGGUCUCGGUUGGUUUGGAAUUGGUUGAUCCUGUCACUGGGUUGACACGCGAGGAGAUGGCGACGUCGGCUAACCCGAGUGCACGAUAUCAUGUUGCUCUUACUGCGACUGAUGCGGCAUAUAGCCAAUGGCAGUGUAGGAUUAUGUAUUAUUGGUAUAAGAAGUAUAAGGAUAUGCCUGGAUCGGGUAUGGGUGGGUUCACACGGGUUUUACACUCGGGAAAGCCUGACAAAUUGAUGGAGGAGAUUCCUACUUUUGUGGUUGAUCCGCUUCCUCCUGGGAUUGAUCGGGGUUAUAUUGUACUAAACAGACCUUGGGCUUUUGUGCAAUGGCUGGAGAAAGGAAUUAUUGAGGAAGACUACGUUCUGAUGGCAGAACCUGAUCAUGUCUUUGUAAAUCCUCUGCCGAACUUGGCAUAUGGAGGUAAUCCGGCAGCUUUUCCUUUUUUCUACAUAAAGCCAACUGAGAACGAGAAAAUAAUGAGAAAGUAUUACCCGGCGGAGAAGGGUCCUGUGAGCAAUAUUGAUCCAAUUGGCAAUUCUCCAGUAAUUAUUAAGAAGUCUAUGUUAGAGGAAAUCGCUCCUACAUGGAUGAAUGUCUCACUGAGGAUGAAAGAUGACCCAGAAGCUGAUAAAAGUUUUGGCUGGGUGCUGGAGAUGUAUGCAUAUGCAGUAGCAUCUGCAUUACAUGGUGUUAAACAUACUCUUCGUGCAGACUUCAUGAUACAGCCGCCAUGGGAUCGGGAAAUUAAGAACAGCUUUAUCAUCCAUUACACUUACGGAUGUGAUUACAACAUGAAGGGAGAGUUGACGUAUGGGAAAAUUGGCGAAUGGCGUUUUGACAAGAGAUCACAUCUUCUUGGUCCACCACCAAAGAAUUUACCACUACCCCCUAAGGGUGUUCCUGAAAGUGUGGUAAGACUUGUGAAAUGUGUGAAUGAAGCCAGUGCCAACAUUCCUGGAUGGGACUGAUUGAACCUUAUGUGUCAAAGAUUGGGCGAGUCUCUAACAAAUCUAAUUGUCACAGCUUUGAGGCGUGAUGCGUACAUACAACUACAGCUAACAAGACAGACUAUAUAGAGAAGAAUAUUAUUACGAGCCAAAUGUGGUAUCCGUUCUUUGGCAGUUGUGCCGAUACCCAUAGACAGGACUCUAUUCAUGUGUGCAAUUUUAUAUAAUUUUUCAUUUUAACUAAUUUGAUAUCUGAAGGAACAUGAAUAUACUAAAGUGGGUUCAAAUUUUUGGUGGA